CUGCGAUGGCGGACGGCUUCCUGCAGGUGGAGAACGUCGUCGAGGUGUCGCCGCCCACGCCGAAGCCGUUCUCCUUCGCCAAGGAGGACUGGCCCGACUGGAUCGCGCACUUCGAGCGCUAUCGGCGCGCCACCAAGCUGGACACCUCCGAUGCACGCGUGCAAACCUCAUCACUCCUGCUGCACAUGGGUCCACGCAGCACACGCAUCCUGGAGGAGAUGCAGCAACCCGAAGAAGCUUUCAUCUCCUAUGAACAACUCGUACGUGCCAUCGAAGCAUACUUUCAAAGCCGAACAAAUGUGGUCUUUGAACGCGCCAGAUUCAAUCUACGAGCACAAAAAGAAGGCGAACCCGUUGAAACCUACAUAGCUGCUGUAUGUCGACUUGCAAAAGGUUGCAAUUAUGGCGAAUUGGAAGCGGAAUUGGUGCGUGAUCGACUCGUGGUCGGUAUACGCGAUAAAAAGUGCUCGGAAGCGCUGCAAAUGGAAGAGAAUUUAACCCUGGAGAAGGCCAAAGCGAUUAUAAUCCACGCCGAGAAUAUAAAACGUGUGAAACAUGCGAAUGCGGCGAAAGGCAGAGGGAAUGGUUGCACGAAUGGAUCGGAUGCAUGUGGUAGAUGUGGGAAGCGACCUAGUCAUCCACUUGGAAGCUGCCCGGCACGUGAUGCCAAGUGCACGAAAUGUGCCAAAAAGGGACACUUUGCGAAGUGUUGUCAAACCAGCCAGAAGGUCAUUGAUAAAUGCAAAGAAAAAGAGAAGCAAAAGGAAGCCGAAGCGACUGCUACAACGACAGGGGAUAAAGAAAAACGCGGCGCGACGCAGAAGGAGGAAAGCUUCGAGUUUAUUUAACACACGACGCCAUUACGCUCUGCUCAUCUCUGCCAUGGAAACAUUUCCAAGACUUAUAGUAAUAUAAUUACAUUCUCCACACACACAAAAAGAUAUCAAAAAUAUAUUAGAUUCUAAGCUAUACAUAAUACAACAUCUAGUUAAUAAGUUAUCGAAGCGAGUUAUUGAAUGAACGUGCAAUAAUAUGUAAUAAUUCGAAACUA